AUGAAAGAGAGGAACCCCUGGCACACGCCCCUCACCAUUAUCAUUGCUGUCAUUGGCGUCAUCGCCAUCGUUGCCCUGGUGACCAUCGCCGUGCUUCAGAACAAGCCUCUCAUCCCCAAGUAUAAGUAUGGGAUCGUACUGGACGCUGGCUCCUCUCACACGGCGAUGUACAUUUACGAGUGGCCCGCGGAGAAGGACAACAACACAGGGCGGGUAGAGCAGACGCACUGCUGCAAAGUCUCAGGUUCUGGCAUUUCGGAUUACGCGUCAGAUCCGAAGCUGGCGGGCGAGUCUCUUAAAGCCUGCAUGAGGGACGCUGAAAGGUUUGUCCCCAGUGAGAGACACGAGGAGACCCCUCUGUAUCUGGGGGCCACAGCCGGCAUGAGGCUGCUCAAUAUUAAGGACAGCGCAGCCUCAGACCGUGUUUUCCAAGCCGUGUCGGAGAGUCUGCAGAAGAGCCCGUUUUCGUUCCAAGGGGCGCGAAUCCUGAGCGGGCAGGAGGAGGGGGCUUUCGGGUGGGUCACAGUCAACUACCUGGACGACAGACUAGAACAGGGCCUGGAGACCACCGGAGCUCUGGACUUGGGCGGAGCAUCCACUCAGAUCAGUUUUAUCUCGGACAGUUUCGACGGCUCGGAAUCCCCCAGUAACUACGUCGCAUUCAGACUCUACGGCAACGACUACAAUCUCUACACACACAGCUUCCUCUGCUACGGGAAAGACCAGGCCCUCCGCAUGGCCCUCGCUCACCAGACACAGUCAGGCCCAGGAUCGAUCGUGGACCCGUGUUUCAACAACGGCUACAGCGCGGUGAAGAACUACUCGGUUUUGUACGAGAGUCCGUGUGUCUCUGGUAGAAAGCCCUCGUCGGCGCCUCAGACCUUCACGCACACGGGCAAAGGAAACUUCUACGAGUGUCAAGAGGUCGUCAAGAGCAUUUUUAACUUCACAGAGUGCAAAUACUCCCAGUGCUCCUUCAACGGGAUCUUCCAGCCCACUCUGCAGGGGACUUAUGGAGCCUUCUCUGCGUACUACUUUGUGAUGAAAUUCCUGAACCUGACCGAUACGUCGGUGCCGCUGCAGAGUGUGAAGGAGGCUCUGGCCCGGCUCUGUGCCACGCCCUUCGACACGUUAAAGAAGCAGCAUCCUGAGGUAAAGUUGAAGUUCUUGAACGAAUACUGUUUCUCCGGUACAUACAUCUUCACGCUGCUCACAGAAGGAUACAACUUCACCUCAAGGACUUUCUCCGACAUCAAGUUCAUCAAAAAGAUCAAAGGCAGUGACGCGGGCUGGACUCUGGGCUACAUGCUGAACCUGACCAACAUGAUCCCGGCCGAGGCUCCGGACACGCCGCUCCUCCCUCACGCCGGCUACGUCUCGGUCAUCACCGUCAUUGCCCUGGUGCUCUUCGUCCUCUUCAUCCUCAGCCUGCGUCCGCUCUGGCCCCGCUGCUCACAGAAACCUCAGAUUGUAUAA